GCCUUCCACAACUGUUGUCACUCCAGGUCGUCAUUACCAUUGAGUGUCUGGUAUCACGUUGCAAAGAUGAGCAAAUGGAUGCAAUAUGCCUUGGUUCCUUUGGCUGUAUUUACAAGCCCCUUCCGAUCGAUGUGGGAAGAAUGGACUGGUUCGCACCAGGUGAACAUGACCAACAUGCCAUGUGGUGCUUCAAACUAUACUACUGAGAUAGUUUCCCUCGAUCCUUUGGCAAUUUAUAUCAAUGGAUUCAUGUCGAACUGGGAGAUUACCCAUCUGCGUGAGCUAGCGGACAGCCAAGAGACGUUUAUGUAUCACGAAGAUAAACACCCCGACCAAAAGGAUCACACGUCUCGCCGCAUAGCUAGUUCAUGUCGCCUUCCUAUGGAUGACCCAGUGGUUGAGUGCAUUAUUCAACGGUCGACUGAUUUCGUUGGGUUUGUUACCCAUGACGGGUUUGAGCAACUUCAAGUGGUUAAGUACCGCGAGAACGAAAGACAUGAUCCUCACCAUGACUGGUUCGCCUCUCCACCCAAGCUGGCAUCUGGCCUGACAUGUAACCGGGCGGCAAGCUUUUUCGCCUAUAUGGGAGAUGAUCCCCAGGGAGGAGAAACUUGUUUCCAUCAUUUGUAUCCUGCUCCUCAGGAUGCAGAUCCAGCCAAAUUCAGUAACAUCAACAGCGACAAUGGUCUUGGAUUCGCUACCAAGCCUAUUACUGGAAAUGCGAUUUUUUGGAUGAACUUGCAUUCGAACAAUACUGGGGAUCCCCGUGUGCAACACUCAGCGCUUCCAAUCAAAUCUGGAACAAAAUAUGGUAUGAACAUAUUAAUGAAGAGAUGUUUUGACUAGGGAAAAGUGCAAGCCAAAUAACACAUCGUGGACCAUUUUUCUAUCUGCUUGAUAUAUAAUCAAGUAUCAAAUACAACUAUUGUGAAUGUUUGUCCGGUUGAUCAACUACUAGUUCUACGGUAGGGAAUAGAGUGAAGCCUGACAACGGCAGCAAAUCAUCUUCAACAAGACAGUUAGACUAUUACUAUAUCUUUCGC